UUGUAGGUAAUCUGGCUUCCAUACAGGGCUUCUACUGUGGUCUCAGUUUUUGUUUGUCUCUGGGUUGUCUCUACAGUAUAUACACUGCCAGGACCAGAGGCUGGAAGCAUCCUUCCCCAUCUGUCUUUCCACAAAACAUGACCCAGAAAGGAUCAGGAGCGAGCAGAAGAAGCACCAGCCAGCAGGAAGAAUUCAAGGUUGUUAUUGUUGGAGACAGAGGUUGUGGGAAAACCUCACUGUUCACAGUUUACACUACAGGAGUCUUUCCAGAGGAAUAUGUCCCAUCUGUGUUUGACAAAAGUGUUGCGAAAAUAAGGUACAGAGGGCAGCAGUUUCAGCUACAUCUCUACGACACUGCAGGUCAAGAGGAGUAUGAUCGCUUGCGGCCUCUCUCCUACCAAAAUGUCAACGUGGUUUUGAUCUGCUACAAUGUCAUGUGCCCUUCAAGCUUUGAUAAUGUCUUUGUAAAGUGGUACCCUGAGGUGCAACAUUUCUGUUAUGGAAGGCCUAUCAUACUUGUUGGGUGUAAAGCAGACCUACGAGAAGACAAGCUGCAGAUGAAGAGACUCUGGGCAUCAGGCCAGAAUGCUGUCACAUUUAUUCAGGGUGAAGAAGCCAGAAGGAAAAUUGGUGCUGUGCUGUACCUCGAGUGCUCUGCCAAAUAUAAGGAAAAUGUGGACGACUUAUUCAGACAAGCAACAAAACAAGCGCUAAUGGCCACAAGAGAGCCGGAAGAAGCCAGUCAGCAGGGGAGUUUGUGUGCCUUGUUGUGAUGCAUGCGUGUGGCUCUGACUGACUGAAAGUACAUGUCUGGACGCAUUUCCUGU